UAUACAUAUAGAUAGAUGCAAGUGAAAUUGGGAUUCCUCCGUUUAGGCACAGCCAGUGCUGCGGUCGUUGCAGUUGGAGAAGGAGGCGCAUCUCAGCCACCUCGCCGGGAAUCAAAAUAAAACCACUUCUCAAUUCACUUUUUGGUCUUCCCUUGCUUCUUCCAAAUCUGCCAAUUCGCGCACAAACACGCUGUAAUCGAAUUCCCUCUUCCCCAGCAAUUCCUCAAUUCCACGAAACAAAUCCCUAACCCACUCCGAUCUGCUCUCCGGUCGAAGACGAAGGGAGUGCAAUGGCGGCUCCCAACAUGGAUCAGUUCGAAGCGUAUUUCAGGAGAGCAGAUUUGGACGGAGAUGGCAGAAUCAGUGGAGUUGAAGCCGUCUCUUUUUUCAUGGGAUCCAAUUUGCCCAAACAAGUCCUCGCUCAGGUGUGGGCGUAUGCUGAUCAGGCCAAAACUGGUUUCCUUGGACGCGCAGAGUUUUUUAAUGCUCUGAGGUUAGUUACUGUGGCUCAGAGUAAGCGAGAUUUAACGCCUGACAUUGUGAAGGCAGCUUUAUAUGGUCCUGCUGCUGCUAAAAUCCCUGCGCCGCAGAUUAAUCUUGCUUCUGUACCUCAACCUGUCCCGAAUGCGAGGCCCCAUGCUGGGUCUGUUGGGCAGAUGGGUGUUACUGCACCCAAUUCGGCUCAAGGUUUUGCCUAUAGAGGACAAGGGUUAGCAGGUCCUGGUGCAAACCCGCAAUAUUAUCCUUCGCAGCAGAAUCCUGCCAUCAGACCUCAUCAAUCCAUGCCUGUUUCUGGCGCUCCGCAUCUGCAACAGGGUGUUGCAGGCCCAGAUAUUUCUAGAGGAGUUAACAUGGGUGGUCACAAUUUCUCAAAUCCUGGGCUCUCAAAUGAUUGGAAUAAAGCCAGGCCUGGUAUGGUGGCCACCAGACCUGCAGGAAUGAACCCGUCGGCUGCCUUACAGACAUCACAAUCUCCUGUUUCACCAAUGCCCCAGUCAUCUCCAGUUUCUCCAAUGCCACAGUUAUCUCCAGUCUCACCAAUGCCCCAGUCAACAACUGUUCACACUAAAGCAUUGGGUGUUUCUGGAAAUGGGUUCUCUUCCAAUCCAGCUUUGGGCAAUGAUUUUUUCUCUGCCGCCUCAUCAACACCGAAACAAGAACCUGCUGGGCACAGUUAUUCUGUUUCCAAUGUCUCAUCAGCCAUUGUUCCUGUUUCCACUGGUCCCCAGCCUGCAAAUAAGCAAAAUUCACUAGAUUCAUUGCAGAGUGCAUUCUCAUCAGUGUUGCCUGCAAAUAGUCAGUUUCAGCGGCCACAGUCUGCACCAAACCAGCAAAUUAAACCUCAAGCUUCUUCUUCUCCACAUACACCAUCUGGGAUGACAGGUGGGGUUGGAAAUGCAAAUUCUGACAAUGUGCAGCUUUCUUGGCCAAAAAUGAAACCUACUGAUGUGCAGAAAUAUACAAAGGUGUUUUUGGAAGUUGACACUGACAGGGAUGGGAAGAUCACUGGGGAGCAGGCACGCAGUCUUUUUUUAAGCUGGAGAUUACCAAUAGAGGUUUUAAAGAAGGUGUGGGACUUGUCUGAUCAGGACAAUGAUAGCAUGCUUUCUUUGAAGGAGUUUUGCUUUGCUCUUUAUUUGAUGGAACGGUACAGGGAAGGUCGUCCUCUUCCACAGUCUCUUCCAAGCAAUGUCAUGUUUGAUGAGACAUUGAUGUCUAUGACAGGCCAACCAAAAAAUGCUCCUGGAAAUGCAGCCUGGGGUAUCAACCAAGGUUUUCAGCAGCAGCAACAAGGGAUGCCAGGUGCUCGGCCAGUGGCACCAACUGCUGGUUUCAGGCCACCAGUCCAUGGAAGUUCUGCUCAGGCUGAUUUCACUACGCAGCCCAACCAGCAAAAAUCAGGAACACCUGUGUUGGAGGAGUCCUUUCUGAAUCGCACAGAUAGUGGUGAGCAGAAUGCAUCGAACACAAAGCCUCAAGAUGCAACAACUGCAGAGAAAAAGCCUGAAGAAGCUCAGCUCGUGAUUUUGGAUUCAAAAGAGAAGAUGGAGCUUUACCGGAACAAAAUGCAGGAGCUGGUUCUAUAUAAAAGCAGAUGUGAUAAUCGAUUAAAUGAGAUAACGGAAAGGGCAUCUGCGGAUAAGCGGGAGGCAGAAUCAUUGGGCAAGAAAUAUGAAGAGAAAUACAAACAAGUAGCCGAAAUAGCAUCAAAAUUGACUGUUGAAGAAGCUAAAUUUCGUGAUAUACAGGAAAGGAAGGUGGAACUGCAGCAAGCCAUUGUCAAAAUUGAACAAGGAGGCAGUGCAGAUGGCAUUCUUCAGGUCCGUGCUGAACGCAUACAGUCAGAUCUUGAGGAAUUAUUUAAGGCUCUAGCUGAUCGGUGCAAGAAACAUGGGAUAGAUGUGAAGUCAAUUACAAUGGUUCAGCUUCCUGCUGGUUGGCAACCUGGAAUUCCAGAGGGAGCUGCACUUUGGGAUGAAGAUUGGGAUAAAUUUGAGGAUGAAGGAUUUGCCAAUGAUCUUACUUUUGACCCCAAAAAUGCAUCUUCAAAACCAAAGCCCGUAUUUAUUGACGGAGAACAAAAUUUCUCUGAUGAUAAUUCUAUUCACGGUUCACCUAUGAAAGCAAAUGGGAAGCAAGAAAAUUCUGCUAACGGUGAUUAUACAGUUGAGGAUUACGCACAUAGUGAAGAAGACCUGGCUAGAAGCCCCCACGAUAGUCUAGCUGGGAGGAGUACCUUGGAGAGUCCUUCUCAAGACUUCUCAAAUGCUCACUUUGGAAAAGGUUCUGAAACAGAUGCAGAAACACACAGAAGUUUUGACGAAUCGACCUGGGGUGCAUUUGACAACAAUGAUGACGUGGACUCAGUGUGGGGUUUCAAGACCAAGGACUCUGACUUCGAGCAGGGAGAUUUCUUCAAAUCUGAUGAUUUUGGUAUAAACCCCAUCAGAACAGGAUCUACACAUACGGAUAACACGUUCCAGACAAAAAGCCCAUUUACUUUUGAUGAUUCAGUGCCUGCAACUCCAGUUUCCAAGUUCGAAAAUUCUCCCAGGUACAGUGAGGCGGGGGAUCAUUUCUUUGACACGUCAAGGUUUGAUUCCUUCAGGCACGAAAGUGGAUAUUCUCCACAGCCAGAGAGGCUUACGAGAUUUGAUUCCAUAAGUAGCAGUAAGGAUUUUGGCUUUGGCAAUGAUAAUAAAUUCACAAGGUUUGAUUCCAUAAGUAGCAGUAAGGAUUUCGGCUUUGGUAAUGAUAAAUUCACAAGGUUUGAUUCCAUAAGUAGCAGCAAAGAUUUUGGCAACAGUAAUGAUAAAUUCACAAGGUUUGACUCCAUAAGUGGCAGCAAGGAUUUUGGUUACAAUCCUGAGAAGCUCCAAAGGUUUGAUUCCAUGAAUAGCAGCAAUGAUUUCGGUUUCGGUCAACAAGGGCAUGCAAGGUUUGACUCAAUAAGUAGCACCAGUGGUCCAUUCUCAUUCGAUGACUCUGAUCCAUUUGGCUCCUCUGCCCCUUUUAAGGUCUCUUCAGAAAACCAUUCUCCGAAAAAGGGUUCAGAUAACUGGAGUGCAUUCUAGCUUCCAUCCAACUCUUCCCCGGGUUUUCUUUGUUUCCAUUUCCUUGAUUGUUCAUGAUAGCCUAUUUUUUUGUGUAUAGCUAGAAGAAGAAAAGCUGGACGGUAACAUUAUAUGGUGUGUUUGAAGAGAGUUUUUCCUCUUCUUUUUUCUUUCCUUUUUUCUUUUUUGUAAUGCGCGGACGAGUGUGAAAGAUAGAUAGAUAAAAUUAAAUGUCUUGUUGUGUAUCAUGAUUGUACUAUUGAGUUUAAUGGCAAGUGCAUCCAAAGUUUUUGUUUU